AUGAAACCCUCUUUCGUCUCAUUCCUGGCCACGGCGGUGGGCUCAUGGGCGCUCAGCAUCCCCCACGAAGUAGCUGCCCUCGUCGCUCCUCGCCAGUCUACCAACUGCGAGAACGGGCCCAACUCCCGCCAAUGCUGGGGCGACUACAGCAUCGACACCAACUAUUACGACGUCGUCCCCGAAACAAAUAUAACCAGAGAAUUCUGGUUAAAUGUUGAGCAAGGCCCCUGCUCUCCAGAUGGCUACGACCGUACCUGCAUGACCUUCAAUGGCACCGUGCCUGGUCCCACCAUCAUCGCAGAUUGGGGCGACAACCUGGUCAUCCACGUUACCAACAAAAUGGCCAACAACGGCACCAGCAUCCAUUGGCAUGGCAUUCGCAUGCUCAACAACGUGCUCAAUGAUGGCGUCCCCGGCGUCACGCAGUGCCCGUUCCCGGAGGGAGAGACCAUGACAUACCGCUUCCGGGCCACACAGUACGGCUCGACCUGGUACCACAGCCACUUCAGUUUGCAGUACGCCGAGGGCCUGUUUGGUGGGCUGAUCCUGCGCGGGCCGGCCACGGGCAACUAUACUGAGGACAAAGGCGUGUUGUUCCUCCAGGACUGGGCGCACCAGGAGUCGUUCGCUGGUUGGUUAACCGCGCGACAGGGCGCUCCGCUGCAAGCGGAUAACGGGCUGAUCAAUGGAACCAACACGUACGACUGUAGCGGCAGCACGGAUCCCAAGUGUGCGGGUCAGGGGAAGAAGUUCGAAAUGGUGUUCAAGCAAGGAGAGAGGUAUCUCCUGCGGCUGAUCAACGUGGCCGUCGACGGGGUGUUCCAGUUCAGUAUUGAUGGACAUAGCCUGGAAGUCAUCGCACACGACCUUGUGCCGGUGGAGCGAUACACCACCGACAGCAUUCAGAUCGCCAUCGGGCAGCGGUACGAUGUGAUUGUCGAGGCGAAUGCGGAACCUGGUAACUAUUGGUUGCGGUCUGGGUGGAUUGAGUCAUGCCUUGCCAAUUCCAAUGCCGAUGGCAUCACAGGCAUAGUCCGGUACGACGCCAGCAGCACUGACGAGCCAACUAGCGAGAGCACGGUCACGGUGUCCAAGAGUUGUCUCGGGGAACCGGCGGCCAAUACGAUUCCGCACCUCAAGUUGAACGUCGAAAACAUUGGCGGGGGUGUCGUGUACGAAGAGCUGGGAUUCCAUCUGCCCAACUCAACCGCUCGUCUUGAGGCUACCGACUACUUCAAGUGGACCAUCAACACCAGCAGUUUGCUGCUCGACUGGUCCGACCCGACUAUGGCGCAGAUAUUUAACGGAGACAGCAUUUUCCCGACUGAUUACAAUGUCGUGAGCGUCCAGCCGUCUGGUUCCGAUCCAGAAUGGACGGUCUUGGUCAUCCAAGACACCAGCAAUUUUGGUAUCGCUCAUCCUAUCCAUCUACACGGCCACGACUUCUGGGUCCUCGCCCAAGGUACCGGGACUUUUGACGGCGACACCUCGGGUUUCAACGUGACUAACCCUUCUCGCCGCGACGUCUCGACGCUGCCCGGGAACGGUUAUCUCGCCAUCGCGUUCAAGAUGGAUAACCCGGGCGCGUGGCUCGUCCAUUGCCACAUUGCAUGGCACGCUAGCGAGGGGUUGUCAUUGGAGAUUGUCGAGAGCCAGAGCUCGAUUGAGGCCGGGGUCGAUCCGACUAGUCGCCAACAGUUUGACGAUGUUUGCGCAGCGUGGACUGGGUCCACCCCCGUCUGGCCGCAGGAUGACUCUGGGAUUUAA